AUGGCAGCACCACUGGCUGUACCCAUGGCUUCCCUCUACGACAUUGUUUCAACGACAGGCUUGUUCUUGGCGGGAUCAUUGAUUAUGAGAGGAGCGGGCUGUACCAUCAAUGAUCUUUGGGAUCGGAACCUAGAUCCUCAUGUCGAAAGAACCAAGUUUCGACCUAUUGCGAGGGGUGCCAUUUCACCAACCAAAGCAAUCGUAUACCUCGGGUUUCAGCUCUUUGCGGGCCUAGGAAUACUUUUGUCCUUCCCAGCUUCAUGCUUCUUCUAUGCAACACCCAGCUUGAUAUUUGUAGUGCUAUACCCUUUGGCGAAGCGUGUCACCAACUAUCCUCAGGCCGUCCUUGGCCUAACCUUCACCUGGGGUGCCUGGAUGGGAUUUUCAGCGCUGGGGAUCGACCUUCUCUCCAACACGGAUGCACUGGCUAGUGCUGCUCUGCUAUAUGGUAGUUGUUGGGCAUGGACCAUGAACUACGAUAUGAUUUAUGCUCACAUGGACAUCAAGGAUGACGUGAAGGCUGGAAUAAAAUCGAUUGCCCUUGCUCAUGAGCACAAUACGAAAGCAGUCCUCUCUGGGUUAACGUUUAUGCAGGACCUGUCUUUGCAGUGGUCAGUUGUGGUGGUGCUGCACUGUCUCUGGGCACAAUCAUCCGCCGGGUCAAUCUCAAAGAUCCCAGGGAUUGCUGGUGGUGGUUUAGGAACGGCGCUUGGCUCACAGGAGGUGUGA